AUGGAGUACGCCCAGUACCAGCAGCCUCAGCACCAGGCUUCUCCCAUAGUGCCGCCCCAGCCUCACCCUCACUACCAGGGACAGCCGCAGCAGCAACCACCACAGCAACCACCACAGCAACCCCAGCAAGGGCCCGGUCAGCAGCAUCAGCCGCCCCAGCCAGGACAGAUGAGCUUCCCCCAGAGCUAUGCGCCAUACGGCAUCUCGCCGACCCAGGCCGCGGCCAUGGCCACCGCUGCUGCCACGGGACAGUUCUUCCCCUUGCACCAGGACUCGACGCGCCUGCCCAUCAAGAACGAGAGACCGCGACAGUCGCCCCAGCAGGCCCACGCUCAGCCCGCUGCUGCUGCCCAGGCGGCCGCUGCUGCUGCUGCUCAGAGACGCAUGUCCCAGCAGCUAUCGGGAAGUCCUCACUCCAUGCCUCGACAGCCACCACCACAUCCUCAGCAGCAGCAACAACCGCAACCGCAACACCCACAGCAUCCACAGCAGCAACAUCCACAGGCACAAGCUGCUCAUCCACCGCCUCCACCACCUCCACAGCAACAACCACAGCAACCACAGCCAUCGCCUGAGCUAGCUCCCCCUGGGCCCCCGGCUGAGGAGUCUCCCCUCUACGUCAAUGCAAAGCAGUUCCACCGCAUUCUCAAGAGACGCGUAGCCCGCCAGAAGCUAGAAGAACAGCUCCGUCUCACCUCCAAGGGCAGGAAGCCGUACCUGCACGAGUCACGACACAACCACGCCAUGCGCAGACCGAGAGGGCCAGGAGGUCGCUUCCUCACCGCAGACGAAGUCGCUGCCAUGGAGAAGGCUCAGGGCGGUGGCUCUACCUCCACAAACAACUCCGCCGGCGACACAAACGAAAACAAAGAAGUCACCGGCCAGAAAAGGAAGAGCAUAGCUGAGUCGUCGUCGCCGGGUUCCAAAAAGGCCAAGACAUCGCCUCUAAGGACAGGUGCCAACGCCAACGUCAACGCUGCUCCCACUGAACCCUCUGACGCCGAAGAUGAAGACGGCUAG